CUCUUAUAUUAUCGAACACUGAUCUCUUCUAGAGUUAGUAACGAAAAUGGAGAAAUCUGGAUAUGGAAGAGACGGGAUAUUCCGGUCAUUGAGGCCGCCUUUCUCUCUUCCCAGAGACCCAAACCUUUCUCUUACCUCCUAUCUCUUCAGGAAUGCUUCCUCUUUCCCGGAUAAACCCGCUCUCAUAGAUUCCGAUACCGGCGAAAUCCUCACUUUUUCACAGUUCAAGUCGGCCGUCGCCAAGGUCGCUCAUGGAUUACUCCGCCUUGGAAUUAGGAAAAAGGAUGUAGUACUUAUCUUAUCCCCCAAUUCAAUCCAGUACCCUAUCUCCUUCUUUGGGAUCACUGCCAUUGGCGCCAUCGCCACUACUGUCAAUCCUAUCUACACUACCUCUGAGAUAUCUAAACAGAUAAAGGAUUGCAGCCCAAAGCUAAUCAUCACCAUCCCUGAACUGUGGGAUAAGGUAGAAGGGUUUGAUCUACCUGUUGUUUUCCUGGGCUCGGACGAUUUUAAGCCGAACUCGAGGUCUACCAAUUUCAAGGAUUUAGUUAACAGCUCCGGACAAGUUUCGAACCUUCCCGAGGUUUCAAUUCGAUCGGACGAAACAGCAUGUCUUUUGUACUCGUCCGGCACGACAGGGACAAGCAAAGGAGUGAUGCUAUCACACAAGAAUUUCAUCUCAUCGGCGUUGAUGGUUACGUCUGAUCAGGAAUUGAUCGGAGAAACCCACAAUGUGUACUUAUGUUUUCUUCCUAUGUUUCACGUAUUCGGUCUUGCGGUGAUUAUGUACUCGCAACUGCAGAGAGGUAACGCGAUCGUGGCUAUGAAGAAAUUCGAUCUGGAGAUGGUUUUGAAGACGGUGGAGAAGUAUAAGGUGACGAAUAUGUGGGUGGUGCCGCCAGUUCUGCUGGCUAUGGCCAAGAGCAGUGUAAUUAAGAAAUACGAUUUAUCUUCGUUGAGGCAGAUUGGAUCUGGUGCCGCUCCUCUUGGGAAGGAUUUAAUGGAGGAUUGCAGCAAGAUACUCCCUCAGGCUCGUGUUAUGCAGGGGUACGGAAUGACUGAAACUUGUGGAAUUGUUAGUGUUGAGCAUCUAUUGGUUGGUCCAAAGCAUUCUGGAUCUGCUGGAAUCCUAGCUCCAGGGGUGGAGGCCAAAAUAGUUGAAGUUGAUGAUUCAAAGGCUCUGCCUCCAAAUGAAAGGGGGGAGAUAUGGGUCAGAGGAUCCAACAUGAUGCAAGGUUACUUCAACAACCCACAAGCCACCAAAUCAACCAUUGAUAAGCAAGGUUGGGUACACACAGGAGAUGUGGGCUACUUUGAUGAGAAUGGUCAUUUGUUUGUUGUUGAUAGGAUUAAAGAACUAAUCAAGGUCAAAGGUUUUCAGGUUGCUCCUGCAGAGCUUGAAGGGAUUCUAACUACUCACCCUGAGAUACUAGAUGCUGCUGUCGUACCGUUAGAUGAUGCUGUAUCAGGAGAGGUCCCAAUUGGGUUUGUUGUCCUUUCACCAAACAGUUCGCUGACAGAAGAUGAAAUAAAGAAGUUCAUAUCAGAUCAGGUGGCUCCAUUCAAAAGAUUGCACAAGGUAAAGUUUAUAGGUAGUAUUCCAAAGUCUGCUGCUGGGAAGAUCUUGAGAAGAGUUCUCAGAGAGCAAUUGCAGUCCAAGCUGUAAGCCCCACUCUUCAAAUUAGGUGGUGAUGUCUCUGUUUUUAUAAUCUUAAUGGAUGGGAUGAUAAAAUCAAAUUAAUAAUUUGUUCUCUGAUAAUAAAUAGUUCAU